AUGGCGGAAUCCCGUCCUCAGUACUAUGAAAACCCCCUGACCCCGCUGGUAGUCAACCCUGCCACUCUUGGGGAGUCUCUGCAUGAGCUACGGACUGCUAUCCGCAAUGGAGCUAAAUCGAUACACGCCAACGCCCCUAUGCCCGAUACCUGGGGACUCAAUGGCAUGUUCAAAGGUUUCCCAGGGAUUGCCUUGGCUUUGUUGCGCCUCGACUACCAAUCCCCGGUGUUGAUCGAAGAGGUUGAAGGUCCCCCAGACUAUCGUCAAUUUGCCCUUCAGCGGAUUCCAUCAAGCCUACCAGAGGCGCCUUUGCUGCCAUCUCGGCUGUCUCCCAUUGGCUCUUCCUCGCCUUUGACUGCUGUCCUUUUGCGCUUUCUGGCUACCAUGGCAAAAGCCAACUGGAAAGACGGUACCAGCCCCGGUAUCGCUAGUGAAGAUAUUGAUAUCAUGCAGGAGGCUAUGAAGCUGGCAUUGGCAAACGGGCCCCUUGUCGCCCAUGAUGGCCGAAGAAUGGGAGGGGACGAUAUGCUUUUUGGUCGACCGGGGCUGCUCUGGAUGCUCUUGAACAUUCGUGCCUAUCGGUUCAAUGAGGAAACCCAAAAGGCCCUCUUGCCUAUUAUGCAGUCCAUUCCUCAGCUGCUUGAUAUGAUCAUCGAUGCUGGACGACAAGGCUCCAAGGAUUAUACCGAGAAACAUGGAGAGCAAGAAGCGCAUCCCCUGAUGUAUGCAUGGAUGGAAGGCUAUUAUUUCUUUGGGGCUGUUCAUGGAAUAACCGGAAUUUUGUCCAUUCUACUCUCAUGCACACAAGAAGAGCUCGCCCCUUACCUACCUGUGAUUGGAGAGACUGUCACCGCACUCUGCAAGCUCUCCAUCGAGAACAAUGGCCAUCUCCCAAUGGCACUGCCUCCGUUUAGUUACGGGCAAGCUUCGGAGUUUGUUCAGCUUUGCCAUGGUAGCCCAGGUUUAUUGAUCCUCUUGGCAGCUGCCUUGAAGAAUGGACCAUUGACCCAAGAAUACUGGUGUCCCGAGUGGGAUCAGGCGAUCUACUUGGCUACUGGGCGAAUCUGGGAAGAAGGCCUCCUUUCCAAGGGAGGCAGCCUGUGUCAUGGCAUUGCCGGCAACGGAUGGCCGUGGCUCUUGUUGCAUGACAGUUUCGAGUACCACUCAAAGGACAUCGAUCGUGCCCGGCAAAACUACCUACAGCGCAACCAGGUGGCAGCGAUACCGGAUACAGACCUCAGCCAGAAACUCACACCGGAUUUCUUCCUGUCGAGGGCGCUGGCCUUCAUGCUGCAUGCGCGUGAGACUCGGCCAUACAACACCUCACCUUCCUCCGGCGGGAGAGACUAUCGGAUGCCCGACGAUCCUUAUUCGAUGUUCGAGGGUUUAGCCGGCAAUGUGUGUGCAUGGGCUGAUACGUGCGCGACGCUCCAGGCGAGACUGCGCCAACAUGAAUUAAGUGAACAGGGACUGUUGUCGGUUUCCACCUUGGAGACUGAUGCAGUUUUCCAAGAUGCCAUGCGCAGCCAGCUAGGCUUCCCUGUUAUCGGAGGAAAUGGAGCGAGAGGCGUUUUCUAG